UCUCAGUCUCUGGCCACGGAAUCCCAGACAGUGUUUAAUUGCAGUGUGUAAAGACUUGAGUCAGCCUAAUGAGAGUAUGAGUGUUUCAGACAUUCGCAGAGUCCCACAAAGAACCAAGGAGCCGCAGGAGCUCGGGUGACGGAGAAGACGAGAAACCCCGAAUUCAGGUACUGCUGCUGGGCUGAGAGAAUACACCGAAGGAAAGGAGCAGAGGAGGAGGUGGAGAAAAGGGUAGAAUGGAAGAGAAGGGCGGGGAGGAGAGGAAACAGGAAAUACACCACCAGAGGGAGAGAGAGAGACAGAGAGAGAGAGAGAGAGAGAGAGAGGAAGCCUGCAGCAGCAAAUGAGAUAGAACAACGAGGCGGGAGAGGUAGAAACACAGACAGAGAGGGAGGGAGAGGGGCCCCGUGUAGGAGACAGGGCUACAGGGCAAGGAGGAAGAAGGGAGAGAAGAAGGAGUAAGAAAAAGUUGGUGGAAGUAAGAGAGAGUGAGGGUCCGGGGAAGGAAAACAACGUCUGCAGAUUUGAAGGACCACAGAAGAACAGAGAAGGGGAAACAACUGACAGGAAGGAAGGGCAAGUACAAGACUCGAGUUAGAGGGAGAGAAAAAAGAAAAAGAAGUGAAGAAAAGUUUUUGUGUGGGACGAGACAGAUGAGGAAAACAGAGCGAGUGAAUGACUGGGCUGAAGGGUGCGAGGAGGGGAGGAAACCAGUUGUUUUUCUAACGCCGCUUCCACAGAAUCCUCCGGACUUUUUUGGACAUGUACACUGAAAGCUCGCAAACAACUGGACACCAUCGAUUUCUUCACUACAGAGACAACUCCUCGCCCUGCUGCUGCCAGCACUGUGUCCACCAUGAGCAGCCAUUUGGCCAUCAUGGUGGGCUGGGAUACCAAGCAGCAUCAGCCAGACAGACGGACCACCCAUAUCUGGACUGCUGGAGAGACAUCCAGGCUCCUCGAGUCAAGGACGUUGGCGGCAGAGCUUUCCUAGUGGACGCAGUGGAGAGAAGUGGUCACCGGAGCCCACAGAGGAGGCCUGUGUUUGCAGAGCCCAGAGCCCAUCGUGGUCAUUCAGACGAACUGAGUCAAAUUUGCCCCUGGGAGUUUAACUCUGCCCCGGGCACUUACGCGCUGGAGUCUGGGCCGAGACGUUACCAGUCUGUCAGAAAACAGUGUGGCUGUGUGAUGCACGAUGAGCCCGGCACACACACCUUCAAGCCCGGGACACCUCAUCCUCUCCCUCACCUUCAGGUCAAAGGUCAGGAAUACAGGCACGAGAGGACAGUCAGGUACGUCGUGGUGGACGAGAAGGAGAAUGGAUGUGAGAGCUCCCACGGUCCACCUCGGAACCAUUUGUCUCUCCCAAAUGGUCACUGUGGACAGAGGACAGUGCUCCCUCAGGACGGAGGGGAGGACAGAGACAGAGAUCAAGACUGGGGCAAACAGAAAGACGGAUCAGAGGACAGUUGUAACGGACGUGAUGGUGUUCACGAGGGUUUCUUCGCCACCGAGGUCCCACAGAAACACUUGAAUCAAAGCAGAAGAAAGGGGCCGUGCAACCCCGGCUCUGGCGUCACCGUCGUGGAGAAGUCCAGCCCGACGGACACCAGCGGUCACCAGCGGCAGGAUUCCGAGAGCGGAAAGCCAAAGAGGAGGCAGGACUCCGUGAGGGAUCAGAUCAGACAAGUGGUGGCAGAUCUGGAGGAUGUGCUGGGGGGGUUGAAGCAAGUUCACGUGGAGAUGAAAGAGGUGGUCGAACAGAUUGAUCGUCUGACCGCCAACAUCGACCUCAGCGAGGCGUCGUCCUGCAGCACUUUGGGAGUAUUCAAUAACACUGACAGCUCAGCUGCGUCAGGUGACAUCAGGGUGGUCCUCCUGCCCAAUCACCAGCCCUCUCCUGUCCAGGUGUCACAACACGCCGAGGGGGACCGCAUCAUCUUAAGGACUAACGCUCCGUCCCCCGUCCACACUGCAUGUGUUGUUAAGACCAGCCGCUUCACACCCCCCAGCCACAGUAAAGACGUAAACCAUGAAAAGCCAAGUGUUAACGGCCACCCCCCUCACCUGAACCCCUACUUGACCCACACUCCACCAGAGGCCCGGCCACACAAUCUCGAGCCUAAAGUCAUCAUUGGUAACAGCACCAGAAGCUCUGGGUCAAGAACUCAAAAACCUCCACCGUACCCUCAGAACGGGCGCUGCUGCAAAGCCCCCUACCUGCCUCCUAAACCUGUGAAGACCCCUGCCUACCCGGGGAGAGGCCGCCAGAGCACCAGCAUUGUGUGAAGGCGGGGAGGUGGUCUGCCCCAGUGCCAUGGGGGCCUGAAACAUGAGACCCUGCUGCUGCUGCGAGUGGCGGUGGUGAGGGACCAGGCAGGGGAACAACUCAUGUGUUCCUUAGUCAUCAGUAUCUCAGAGAUUGAGGGAAGAGAGAGGUUUGGCAGGAGCUCAGUCGUUCUGGUGAAGUGAGACCCCAGAGCCACUUGACUACAAUCAUGGGACACAAUAAGGAGUCAUUAUAUUUACAGGAUGAUCAUAGCUGUGAGUCAGAACCGGCGUAAUUUACUGCGGUGAGGAGGACGAGGACUUUCUUCUCGUGCCACCGUCAGAUGUGUCAUUACUGUCUGUCAACAACAACAGAGGACAAUAGUGGAAAAAAGUCCCCUUUUUAUACAAGAGGAAACUUUUAACAGCAGAUGCAAAUCAUUUAGGAUUCCCUUAAAAAAAAGAAAAAAGUUAACCUUUGCAGAUGCGUUGAGUUUCUGUACUUCCCUCUCGUGCAGAGUAUGUGCAACUGCAAUCUAUUUUUCCGGCCUCUGCAAGUUGGGCAAGCACAAUCUGGUUUUAAUCAUAAAAUCCCCUGGCCAGGCGCCAGAAUGGAUUGAAGCGAACUCUGGGUAUAUUUGUGACGUCCGCAUAAACAGGAGCACCUCUGCACAGCCGAGCUGCUCCUCGGCUCACGGAGCUCGGGGAGAGGAGCACUCAGCCGGCUGCAGCCUCACACGGAGGCCGGCUGCCAGAGAAAGUGGACGGGAAAAUGAAAAGCACGGGUUUUCAUUCACUGAGUGAGAUGAGAGUUUAAUUAGCUGCAAGGACAAAGUAGCCCGCAGCUCAAUGGCUCCUGUUUCUCUUGAAGUGUUUUAGAGACAUCGAUGCUGCUUAGAUUUUGAAGGUCUGACUCAUCAAACUUCCGGAACAACAGCUUUUUGUGCUGAGUAUCACAAACACAUUGGCCAGGAUGUUUUUGUUUUUUUGUUUUGGUUGUUUUAGUUUAAAGCUGCAGAUAUGAAGUGUUCUGUGAAACUAAUCAAUACGCUUCAGUUCUCAAUUGCUCUGGAAGUGGACAAAAUAUUAAACCUUCUUAUUUAUGAAUCCUCUGAAAUGAAAUAUAUUUAAUUUAUUGUCACAUAUAAGAAAUCAGACUGGGAAAAUGCCAUUUUGUACAUUUAUGUGGACUUCUUUUUAUUAGUGGCUGAAACAGAGACUGAUAUACUAUUGAAUCCCUUAAGAAUAUGAGUGAAACAGGCCUUAAGUGGUGCAGUGUGUAUGCUGUAUGCUGCCAUGGCAACAGGAGACAAAGCAUCAAGCUGAAAGUGAUUCUUCAUUCAGAGUAUACAUGAAAUAACUGUUAUGGCUGAAAGAGUACUGUGUAUAAUAUUCAGGUGAUACUGUCUGUUCAGAAAUACUGCAGUAACAGUACUAUAAAGAUGUUCAGAAACUGCGUACAGCGUUACCGGCAGAUGUUCCUGAUUUCCACUACGGUCUUCACGACAUCUCACUUCACUUCCUUUUUCUCUUCCACCUCCACUGAUCUCAGCUAUUAAAAAGUUGCCAUUUUGCCAAAGAGGACAUCAUUUUCGUCCAAGAAGCGUUUUCGCUUGACGUAAAACAAGUGUGUAAAUAUUUCAGAUAGUAAUUUAUUCAGCUUUCUUAUAUCCAGGCUGCGUCUCUUUACUGCUUUAAUAUAAUUAAAUAGCUGCUGCGAAAAAAAUGAAAAAUGCACUCUUAAAAGUCUUCCUCCUCCUCUGUUGACCUUUGAUUAUUACUGUCUUACUGUGAACAUGAGAUUCAAUACCUGGUGUUUAUUUAUGCAAAAAGAAGUAGAUUAAAGUAAAUCUAAAAUGCAGAAAAUAAUUUUUGUCCAUCCAGAGUUUUGUACCAGUGAAUCAGUGAAUCAGUGAAUCAGUGAAUCAGUGCAGUAACGGGUGAUGCAGGAAAAACUCCUGCAGCUGCAGAGUGUGGACAGCAUCAAAGAGCUGAGCUGGGAGUGAAGUGGUGAACUUGCAGCAGAGAGGGAGA